UUGGAGGCUCUGGGCGGGACGCGGUGCCGCCGCCGGAGAGCGGCGUGGCCUUCCGCUGGAGGGAAGAGUUCCGCAGUCUAAGGGGCGGCAGGCGGGCUGGGCGGACGGUCGGGCGCGCAUCCCCCAGAGCUGCCGGAGCUGCCGGAGGCGCGGAGGGUUUAGUGGGCUGGGAAGCCGAGGGCUCCGGGCUGCUGUGGAGCCAGGGAACCAAGCUGGCGGGGGCAGGAGGACCCCUUUCUGGGGUUUGGGGUUAGCUCUCUCUAAGGGGCUUGUCUGUCACCCAUCCCCUCCCCCUCGGCUGCCAGUGGCUGCUGUCUCCGUGGGAGGUUAGGCUUGCGCCUGGAGCUCUCGCUCCCCCAUGUGAGACGCCCGGAGCCGCCCCCCUUCCCCGAGCCCCCGCCCCCCUCCCGCCCUGGGAGCCAAGAUGGGGGCAUUCGUUGUGACCCUGGGGAUUUUCCACUCCCUGGGACUUUACCUCCAACUCAGCGGCGCCACGAGGCCCGGGGGACAAGCUCCUUGGGACAACCACAUCUCGGUGGAAUGCCUUGUUCACAGAGACUCCCCAUGACAUGACUGCCCGGAGUGGUGAGGAUGUGGAAAUGGCUUGUUCCUUCCGGGGCAGUGGCUCUCCCUCUUACUCCCUAGAGAUCCAGUGGUGGUACGUCCGCAAUCACAAGGACUGGACAGAUAAACAGACAUGGGCAUCUAACCAGCUAAAGGCAUCUCAGCAGGAGGAAGCCGGAAAGGAGGCCACGAAAAUAAGCGUGGUCAAGGUGGUUGGCAGCAACAUCUCUCACAAGCUGCGCCUGUCCCGGGUGAAGCCCACAGAUGAGGGGACCUACGAGUGCCGAGUGAUUGAUUUCAGUGAUGGCAAGGCCCGGCACCACAAGGUCAAAGCCUAUCUUCGGGUGGACCCAGGCGAGAACUCCGUCCUUCAUCACCAUGGCCACGGUCCCUCUCUCCACUUGCAGGAUACCCCACUGUUGGGGGGUCAGCCUGCAGCUCCUGCCCCACCCCCGCCACCCCCCAAACCAGGCAAGGAGUUGAAGAAGCGGUCAGUAGAUGCUGCCUGUGCUCUGUAGACUGACACUCCUUCAUUCCCCUUACCCACUCACCCCACCCUGGUGGCUCAGAGAGAGUGGGAGGGUCACUCCUUCCCCAGUCCCUCUGCCUUUCUUUCUUCCUUCCCCUCCUCCCUCCACUGUACAGAGUGCAUGAGGAGCAGGGCCUGGGCCAGAGGAGUGCCCUGGAUCCAGAUACCACUGAAUUGAUGUUGGCCCAACUGGGCCCUUGUGUGUCCCCCAGCAGUGGCCCUUGUUGCUCUCCCCAUGCUCAGCAUGUGAGCCCCUGUACCCUUCCUUCAGCUAGUUUCCUCCUCUGUAAAAUGAGGUGGUUGGACUAAAUGAUUUGCAAGGUCCCUUCCUGCUCUAAACCCUAUUCUCCUAUAGCCAUCACUUUUUCAGGUUCUUCUAGGAGUGGAGAGGGGUGGGUGGGUGGUGUGGGACUGGGGCUUUGGAAGCUGGCAGGAAAAAGGCAUCCUAGGGAUUCUGGAGCCCUGGCCAUCAGAAAUUAGGGGUAUGGUGGGGGUGCUGUUUUCCUAUGCUAUAGGGUCUAAUCUCUCCACACCUAGGGGUCCAUUCAAUGCCCCAGCUCAUUGCCAGCUUUGGUGAAGUCCUGUGUUUUGAUUUUCUUGUUGGGCCCAGGCCCAAAGAUCUAGCUUGCUCUUGCUUUGAUCAUUGCCCCCUGGGCACACUCUACUCCCCUUACCAUCCAGUUUCAUUGCUGUGCCAGGAUCUGGCCAUGCUAAACAAACAACCAGUCCCACUACCCACACCUGUAUAUUGUAAAUAGCAAAUAGCCCAGAUGAAUGUUCUUUCCUUUGAUAUGUAUGUGUGUGUAGGGAGGUCAGGGGAGAGGGGGCAGCAGGAGAAGAGAGGUUGUUAUGAGAAGCCUCCCUCUUCAGUGGGGCCAGAGCAGGUUUGAAGGGACCUGAAACAGGGAACCCCUGGCCCCUAUAGAAUUGCAGACCCCUCUGGAAACCUGGCCCCAGCAAAGAAGAUCCUUGCUUCCUGGAUGGGACCAGGACCAAGGUGGGUGGAGAGGGACUGUUAACAGUCUUUAUAUCUUUAUAGUUUGUAUUUCUGUGGUUCUUUUCAUCCCAAGCCUUCCAAGUAAGCUAUUGUUCCUUUCCCUGUUCUUGGAAGAACCUAGAAUCAAACCCAGGAGCCCCCUUAUUUUUCAGGGCUCAUUUCUAGACCCUCCUCCCUUUGCCACCGUCCUCUCCCCUCCAUGCAAAGUUUUGCACCAGCAGGGGCCCCACCUUCCCAACCUCACUUCACUUCAACUUGAGGUUUCUCCCAGAAGGCCCCCCUCCCUCUUCCCAUCAACCUCACAAACUCCAGGGCCUGUUCUGAUCCAAUGCAGCUGAAUCCACCUCUCGAAGGGGAUCCUCUGGGGCCCAGUGACAACUCCGGCCAAGGCCCCAUCCCUUUCUCACACCACACUUACAUCAUCUUGCCCUUUUUAUCUCUCUGCCCCACAAGUAUUUGUAAAUAUUUCUAAUGGGCCAAACCCUCCACCCCCAUUCCCUCCAUAUAAACACACACACACACACACACACACACACACACACACACACACACACACACACACACACAAUUCUACUGCCCUGGCCACUGCCUGAUUGAAUAGGGAGCAUAGUGAGAAGGGAGAGGGCAAAGGUUCCUUGGGUAGAGUCCCCUCACAAGUCUUUUGCAUCAAUACAGAAGGGUGUGACCACAGGUUCUAACACUGGGGGCUCAGCACCUGCUGAGUCCUCUUCAUACCCACAUGAUCCAAUCUGUGAUUAUCAGCCUUGCUGAAGUAAAUAAAGCUGUUUAAAUGAA